AUGCUACGCAGUGGCGAGCCCUUCAUCCCAAGGUUAAGCGCCCUGGACCUCAGCACAUCCGGUGUGUCGCGUGACUGCUCGGUCCCGGCCUCGCGCGAAUGCUCCAUGCCCGGGUCGCCCAAUGUCUCGGCCCCCGGCACGCCGCUGUACUACUCCUCGGGCAAUGGGUCCAAGCUGCGUGGAGGCGAGGGGCCCUCCCGGCGUAGCCGCCGGUCCUCGCCCCUUGGGCGUCUGGCUCGGAGGGUGGGAGUCACCCUGCCGGAGCUGGGCCGGUAUCGGUCGCGGCGCUUGCGCACCGGCGUGCUCAUCCUCCUGCCUUUGGCGUUGGUCAUGGCCUCGCUGGUGCUGACCACGGUUUUCGUCUUCAGUGGCGAGGGCACUUCCGACCAGCGUGCCGGCACGUGGGCCGGGCGACUGAUGCUGGCUGCCGAGCGCCUGCCGUCGGGCAUGGCCGGCGCCAGGCACUCCGCCGACCAGCCGGUCGAUCCUCUGAGCCGUGGUAUCCGGUCGGCGCCGUCGCGCGCCGAAAAGUUGGCCCUCCUUGGGCAGCAUCUGAAUGGCGGGCCGCUGCUCUUCAUGGCGCGGAGCAUGUCCCCGGCGGAGUUGGCCCUGGCCGAGCAGAUCCUCGACGCCAUGAUCGUCCCGGUUCAGGCACCCGGCAAGGAGUCCCGGCUGCCGGAGGACUGGACCCGCGGGUCAUUCACUCCUGCCUCGUGUCACUCGCGCGAUGCGUCCGCGGCCCUGCAUGUCCUGCGGUCCAAGUUCCCCGAUGUGCCGGAUUACCUGACCGGCGGUGUGCGCGCCACCACCGGGUCCGCCGGGCGCCCGGCACACCAGGCCAUCUCGGCCGGCCCGGGCCAAACCCACGACCAGCCGUCCGAUGCCCAGCAUGGUGCCCUGCACGAGGAGGACUUCCAAUCGCUGGACGACCUGCCCGGGGGCUAUCUUCGCGGAGGCAUCGGCAACCUGGCAGCCGGAAAUGUCAUGUCGGAUCUGCUGGGGGCCGUGCGCGCCCAGCGCGACGAGCCGGAGCCCUCGUUUGAGCACGCCCGGAUGCAUGAGCGCCCGGAUGCAGCGGCGGCGGCGGCGGCGGCGGCCACUGCCAAUGCCGGCGCCCCGACAUCGGUCAUCGGGUCGCUGAUGUCGCGUCUCCUUGCCGGCGGUACUGGCGCCGAUGCGUCCGCUCUUCGGCCGGCGGCCGCCGACCAGGCCGCCGAGGGAGCCCAGCGAGCCAUCGAGCUGGCCACCGCCCUGGCGCGCAUGUGUGGCCCGGCAUAUUUGAGCACUCCGCUUCAGUCGCGCGGGGGCCCCGCCGCCGGCAGCAACACCCCGGGCCCGGGGUUCCGCAUCCAUGUGCUCAAUGUCCCAGCGCACUUGGGAUCGGACCUGCUCCGGCGCGCGGUCCUGACCAUGCACCUUGCCCGAAAUCACACCGGCCUGGUGGAUUUGCUGAAGGCCCGGCCGGAUCCUCGGCCGGAGGAUUUCGCCAAGCUCGGGAUCCCCGGGGCCCAAUUCUUCGGGCAGGAUCACCUCCACGACAGCGAGUGGGUUACCCUGCCGAUGUUGGCCUGGGACGAGGACCAGGCCCAGGUCCAGGCAGGCCUGGCACUGGAGCGCGGCCUGCGCCAGCAUCCCCUGCACACGGACGACUGGCGCCAGGCGUCGGUCUUCUUCGUGCCGCAUUAUUCCGGCGCCCUGACAUGGAUCCACCCGUCCCUCCUGCCGGAUUACGUGCGCGUGGACAAUGCCACCGAUUUCGACAACACGGACCGGGUGUACGCCCGGGCCCUGUCGGAUUUCCUGUCUCAGCAGCCCAGCGUCGCGCGCACCGGCGGACGGGAUCACUUUGUCUACCGGUUCGCCAUGUACCGGGCCCGGCUGAGCCCCAGUGCCUUGAGCUCCUUUGUGAAUCCGGUGUCGCUGGAAAUCGAAACCGUCGAGGAGAUGGCCGCCCACAACAAUCGCUGGACCGCCGCCGUGCGCCGGGUCAUUGUCCCCUUCGUCGAGCCGUCGCCCCGGCUGCAAGCCCGCAUCGACACCAUCCUCGCCGGCAAGUAUGACUGGGAGGCGGACGCCGAGCGCCGGCGAACCGGGCCCCUGGUCUACUUUGCCGGGACCUACACCGGCCGGAGCGGGCCCAUCCGCAAGAAGCUCUUCCAUGCGAUGCGGGACUUCGGCCCGCGGGCGCUCUUUGACCAGUUCGACAAUGCCGGCGGCGGUCGCCACAACCGUGGGAAGUAUGAGUGGCUGCAUGAGCGGAUGGAGAGUGCCACCUUCUGUCCCCAUCUUCCGGGCGAUUCAUCCUCCGCCCGGCGUCUGACGACCGCCAUGCUGGCCGGCUGCAUCCCGGUGGUCCUGUCCGACUUCGCGGCGCUGCCCUACGAAAGCCUCAUCGACUGGGACCAGCUGGUCAUCCGCAUCCCCAGCCGGGCGGUGUUCGACUAUCAGCGCCAUAUGAACCUCACGGACAAGGAGCUCUUCCCGGAGACCCCCGCUCCGACGGUGGCGGCCAAUGCCACGGCCGCCAUGGCCAAGAGCGCCGGCCCGGGCCAGGAGGAGGAGACCCGCCAGCGCCAGGCCCGGGACGCGGCCGACGGCGACGUGCACGCCGAGCUGGAUCGUCUUCUGGACUCCGGGCUCGGGGCCGGGGCCGCCGCCACCGGCGCGGACGCCGACAAGGCGGCCCAGGCCACCGCGCAGGCAGCCGCCCAUGCCUACAUCCCGGAUCCCUCCCUGCCCAAGAGCUGGAUCCACUGGCUGGAGUCCAUCCCCCAGUCGAAGAUCCGCGAGUACCAGCGCAACAUUGCGCGCGUGGCCCCGCGCAUGAUCUUCCCGCAAAUGCCCUUCAUGACCACGGCCGCCGCCGGCAAUGCCACCUCCGAGGAUGCGCAUGCGGCGGCUGCCCGGAUGACGCCCGUCCGCCGGGGUGACGCGGUGGAUUCCUUCGUGGAGGUGCUGGCCCUGCGGCACAUGGCCAUGAGCGACUACGACAGCUGGUACCGGUGGACCACCCCGGCGCAGCCGGCCCUGGCCAACAUCGGCAACGGUGUCUGGUGGGACGAGCGCACCGGCGAGUGGGAGGGCGAGGCGGUGCUGGCCCGGUGGAAUGCCGAUCGCAAGCCGGCGUCCAUCGCCGCGGCCGACGCCUCGCCGAAGAAGUAGGCUUGCACGGAGGCGGCCAAAAUGCAACGGGGACGCAACGAAGCCCGGGCCCCGAGUCUUGAGCAGGGGCCCUAGCCCCUGUGUGGGGCUUCGUGUGUGUGUGUGUGUGUCUACCAUGCAGUCCAGGUGUCUUCCUGCCAUCUCGUUGCAUCCUCCUGUGCAAAGGCCGAGGCCCUUCGCGCAGGAAGUCGCCGCUGCGCGUGCAUUCAAGAACAAAUUACCCCCCCUCCCCCCUCAUCGGCCGCUCAAGGAGCCACAGUUCCACGCCUUUCCGAUUGUCGGCCAGAAACAAAAAGGGGCGCUUGAAAUAAUUUCUCCCCCACUCCAAGCUUAGUAUAAAAUCCGUUUCCCGA